UGCCGGGAGCGGACCCGGACCCAGCGCCCGCUCCGCCGCCAUGGCCGCCGCGCAUCCAGGCCCCGCCGCGCCCGCCGCCCCCGCCCCGCCGCCUCCUCCCGCCGCUCCGGGCAUCCUCAUCGGUGACCGGCUCUACUCCGAGGUGUCGCUGACCAUCGACCACUCGCUGAUCCCCGAGGAGCGCCUCUCGCCUACCCCUUCCAUGCAGGACGGGCUGGACCUGCAGUGCGAGACCGACCUGCGCAUCCUGGGAUGCGAGCUCAUCCAGGCGGCCGGCAUCCUGCUGCGGCUGCCGCAGGUGGCCAUGGCGACGGGGCAGGUGCUGUUCCAUCGGUUCUUCUACUCCAAGUCCUUCGUCAAGCACAGCUUCGAGAUUGUUGCUAUGGCCUGCAUCAAUCUCGCGUCCAAAAUCGAAGAAGCGCCUCGUCGGAUAAGGGACGUGAUCAACGUGUUCCAUCACUUGCGGCAGUUAAGAGCAAAAAGGACUCCAAGCCCACUGAUACUUGAUCAGAACUACAUAAACACCAAAAAUCAAGUAAUCAAAGCAGAAAGGAGGGUACUGAAGGAGUUGGGAUUUUGUGUUCAUGUCAAGCAUCCUCAUAAGAUCAUUGUUAUGUAUUUACAAGUCCUAGAAUGUGAACGUAAUCAAACCCUGGUACAGACAGCCUGGAAUUACAUGAACGACAGCCUCCGGACAAACGUGUUUGUUCGCUUCCAGCCGGAGACCAUCGCGUGUGCGUGCAUUUACCUCGCUGCUAGAGCCCUGCAGAUCCCGCUGCCUACCCGUCCCCACUGGUUCCUGCUCUUUGGCACCACGGAAGAGGAGAUUCAGGAGAUCUGCUUAACAACUCUGAAGCUUUAUACCAGAAAGAAGCCUAAUUAUGAAUUUCUGGAUAAAGAAGUAGAAAAGAGGAAAAUGGCACUACAGGAAGCAAAACUGAAAGCAAAAGGUUUAAAUCCAGAUGGAACUCCAGCACUCUCAACACUGGGUGGCUUUUCUCCUGCAUCCAAACCAUCUUCCCCAAGAGAAGUAAAAGCUGAGGAGAAAUCUCCAGUGUCUGUGAAUACCAAAACCAUUAAGAAAGAGCCAGAAGAGAGGCAGCAAACCUCCAAGAGCCCUUACAACGGGCUGAGGAAGGAGAGCAAGAGGAGCCGCAGCAGCCGCAGCGCCAGCCGCUCCCGCUCCCGGACCAAGUCCCGCUCGCGCUCCCACAGCCCCCGCCGGCACUACAACAACCGGCGGAGCCUGUCGGGCACCUACAGCUCCCGCUCGCGCAGCCGCUCGCGCAGCCACAGCGGGAGCCCCCGGCGGCACCACAACCACGGCUCGCCCCACGCCAAGGCCAAGCACGGCCGCGAGGAGCUCAAGGGCAGCAGCAGGCACGGCCACAAGCGGAAAAAGUCCCGCUCCCGCUCGCAGAGCAAGUCCCGGGAGCACUCGGAGGCGGCCAAGAAGCACCGGCACGAGCGCAGCCACCACCGGGAGCGGCGCGAGCGCUCGCGCUCCUUCGAGCGCUCCCACAAGGGCGGCAAACACCACGGCAGCGGCCGCUCGGGCCACGGCCGGCACCGCCGCUGAGCCUGGCACCGCGGGGCUGGGCCAGCACCGGGCCACCGAGUCCUGGCACUGCGGGGCUGGGCCAGCACCGGGCCACCAAGUCCUGGGACUGCGGGGCUGGGCCAGCACCGGGCCACCAUGUCCUGGGACUGCGGGGCUGGGCCAGCACCGGGCCACCAAGUCCUGGGACUGCGGGGCUGGGCCAGCACCGGGCCACCAAGUCCUGGGACUGCAGGGCUGGGCCAGCUCCGGCGCCAAGCCCACGGACUGCAGGGCACAGCCAGGGCUGCAGCAGCUUCAACCCCAUCUGGUUUCCUAAAAGGUGUAGAAGAAUUUUUUUUCUCGUGGGAAAGAAACUGUUACCAACUUUUGCACAUAAUACCUUAGCAGUAUCCCAGAGGUGGCAAACGAUCAGGUUCACUGUAUGUAUUAGAGUUGUGUAUUGUUUAUUGAGCUGAGAACUGGAGAAAGGAUUUCUGUAAAAAAGCAAGACGUACAUUAUUUUUAUACCAGUCAAUUGCAGACGCUUAUAUUUAAGUAUAGUUAUUUGUUUAAACAUGGUGGAGACUUUCUUACACUGGUUUUAGUCUGCAUGUGUUCAAAGAUUUUUACAAAAAAUAAAAUAUAAAGCUUUUUUUUUUUUUAC